UUUACGCAACGCCUCUCCGUGCCCUGCGUCGCCGCAGCUUGAUAUCACAUCCAUAUUGGUUUCUUUUGUGCAUUGGUAGGGCCACGUUUUUAGAUUUUGGUACGCAGAGAAGCAAAAAAUGGCAACAUCGACGUUACCUCGGAUGCUUACCAAAGCCCUGCUAGACAGGAAGCUGCUCGCACUCACAUCACUCUCCCCAUCUGUUCGACAUCUGAAUUUGCUAGAAUACCAGAGCAAGGACUUGCUUGAUAAGCAUGGUGUCACAGUGCAAAAGUUUAAGAUGGCAGAAUCUGCUGAACAGGCCAAGGAAGCUGUUAAAACAUUUGUCCCAGCAGAAUAUGUUGUGAAGGCUCAAAUUUUGGCUGGUGGCCGAGGAAAGGGAACAUUUGACAAUGGCUUCAAGGGUGGUGUACAUCUGACCAAGGAUGCGUCGAAUGUGCCCAUGCUGGUCUCCUCGAUGGCCGGCCACCGGCUCCGCACCAAGCAAACGCCCAAGUCCGGCAUCCUCGUGCGGAAGGUGAUGAUCGCCGAGUCGGUGGACAUCCUGCGCGAGACCUACUUCUGCAUCCUGAUGGACAGGGAGUACAACGGCCCGGUUAUCAUCGCCUCGCCGGACGGCGGGGUCGACAUCGAGGAGGUGGCCGAGAAGACGCCCGACCGGCUGCGCACGCUGCCAGUCGACAUCCACCAGGGCGUCACCGACCAGAUGGCAAGCGAGCUGGCUGCCUUCCUCGACUUCAAGGGCGACCUGCAGGCCAAGGCGGCCGGCGAGAUUCAGGCGCUGUGGAAGCUGUUUCUGGCUGUGGACGCCACUCAGGUGGAGAUCAACCCGUUUAUCGAGACGCCGCAAGGCCAGGUGGUGGCCGUCGACGCCAAAAUUCAGUUCGACGACAACGCCGAGUUUCGCCAGCGCGAGAUCUUCGCGCAGGAGGACACGAGCGAGUCGGACCCGCGCGAGGUGGAGGCCGCCAACCACAACCUCAACUACAUCGGCAUGGACGGCAACAUCGGCUGUCUCGUGAACGGCGCCGGCCUGGCCAUGGCCACCAUGGACAUCAUCAAGCUGCACGGCGGCGAGCCGGCCAACUUCCUCGACUGCGGCGGCGGAGUGCAGGAGGAGCAGGUCAAGAACGCCUUCCAGCUGCUCACAUCCGAUCCUAACGUGAAGGCCAUUCUGGUGAACGUGUUCGGUGGCAUUGUCAACUGCGCCACGAUCGCCAACGGCAUCGUGAACGCCUCCAAGUCGAUCAGCCUGGACCUGCCCCUGGUAGUGCGGCUCGAGGGCACAAACGUGGAGGAGGCCCGCCGCAUUCUGUCGGACUCGCGGCUGCCGAUACAGACCGCCUCCGACCUGGAGGACGCCGCCAAGAAGGCCGUCGCCAGCCUUUAGGGUGACUGUGUCUGGCGGCCGCGCGCUCGAAAGGCCACCAACCUCCGACGCCUGAGGCUGGGGUCUGGCUUUGCUGCCAAUUGAUAGUGACGACGCGUAGGAUCGGGUUAUCGUGGAGCUGCAGCUCGGUAUCGAUUGUGGUGAAAGCGAACCGGUGAUUUUGACUUUCAGAGUAUUUUUCAGAUGACGACAUUCCAGGCGUGCAGCGUACAGCUGCCUCUUUUGUAAGGUGUCUGGAUCAUGUUGGUGCUUGCAAUACACUUACUAAAGCAUUUC